UUUUCUGAUGGUGAUUUCCUGGAGUAAAGCAAGUCUGCAGAAGAAGAAAAAAUCUUAUUACUGCGUGAUAAACAUUCACCGCGUUGAACUCGUUGAGCAUCAGCUGGGGAAACUCAUAUGCCAUAUGAGAUGGUGGUUUGGGUUGCUGGUCGUGGAGUUGCCUUUUAUCUUGGAUUUCCUGCUACCAGUUGGGCAGGUUCUUGCCUUGUCGGUGAUCUUAUAUGGUUCAUCAAAACAUCUAUCGGGAAAGUUUUCCCCCCAACAGCUCAGGGUUAGCGACGACAGCAUGUCUAGCUUAUCCAAUCCUGAAUUUAGGACGGUGCAUCAGUACAUCACAUGGGAGGUGGUCUGCCACUGGGAUAAUUUGGUACCACCCGUACUGGCAGUGGUCGUACAGUCUCUACUACUAGCAUACAGCAUACUGGUCCAUUUUCUCUGCUCAAUGCUCACACCAACCAAUUGGCUCUUUUCCAGCACGUGGACUUGCUCUUAUCUUAGUUCUCCGUACCGUAUCUAAUCUCUUUGUAACUACCUUUAUAAAUGAAUGCAGUACACAGCUAAAACUUGCUAGAUACAGAUGAACAGAGCCUGAAAAAGGUUCACUGCUUUAGUUCAGCAGCUAUGGCAGGUCCUAACAUAUGAUGAUAACUUCUUUUCAUACCCUCUUAUUAUCCACAUUUGCAUUUUACAACCUAUGCAUUGUUCACUUGGAACUGUGCGAGGACUGGUCAUUGGACCAUGACUUGAUGCAACAUUAAUAUUUUCUUUUAAUACUUCCAUUCCAAGCUGCUGUUGUUAUUUGCAUAUUUGGGGGUAUGUAGGUCCACCAUGCAGUAGCGCUCAGAUUCUGGAUCAUAGAUGACCCCAUCGUACAGUGUUUCUUUCAAUGCAAGUUUGUAUGGUAGUAUGGUACUACUACAAUCUGGGAAAAAAAAUGAAAAGAGAAAUGUUUGUAUGGUGCCAGCCAGCUUUUAUCCAUAGGAUAGAACAAUGAAGGGAAAAAGUAAUUGAUUUUUUUUUCAUUAUUAAAGACACUUAUGGAAGGAUUGAUGGUUGCUCAUACUACAAUGACAAGCAGUUUAUAUGUAAUCAUCACUUCAUCAGGUGUAAUCAACCCUACCGAGGUUAUAUUAAGGAUAUGCUUCAGCACUCCACCCACCCACCCCACUAAAUCUAACCCAUUUCUUUGCAGCAAAAGAUGCCUCGAGCCUGUGGAUGGUAUAGCAGUGCAAAAUUCCAAUCGAAGAAACCAAAAGGGAGGCAGCAAAAAGACAGAUCAAAUGGAUUCACCAACUGAUGAUCUAUUCAUCUGGCAUGGCCAGCUGGCCGUGCAUAUACAUUGCAGACCACUAGAAUUACAAGAACCUUAUCACUAUCAUUUGCUGAACAGAAAUCCUGGUAGCUACCUAUCUCCAAUUCCAUGUCUCCAACUCCAAGAACAAGUAUUGAUGCUAACAUGAGUGUGGAAAUGGGGGUAGCAGAACGUAGCCCUGGUGAGAGGUUGCAAGUUUUGAAGGCAUCAGCUUCAGCAUCAAUGGCUUAUUCAAUUGCUCAGUUCCCAGUCAAGUGGCAAUCCAUUAAGUGCAAGCUUCAGCAACUCUGUUCCAACCUGAAUGCGCGAGAAGACGACGGCAGCUCCGAUGAACAUAUGAUUCUUGUUCAGUUCCUUCAGGCGGCUAUGGCAACAGUAAGUCAUAUUCAAGCUAUUGCUUCUCAAUGCAGUGAUGAAACAUACAAUGGUGGAAGGCUUCGACUGAGGAGUGAUUUGGAUAACAUCAGCUCCAAGCUUGAUGUCCACCUGAAGGACCUCAUGGAGAUGGUUUGCUCCAGAACUUCAGUGCAUUCUCAAGCUGUCGUCGCAACGAGGCCUGCCAUUGAUGCCAGCCUAAGCCACAAGAGGUUCUACAUCAAUGAUCUCUUCUUGAGGGUGAGGAUUGGGGACUUGGCUCAGAGAAACCAAGCCUUGAUCACCAUUGGAGAGCUCCUUUCUGAAGAUAUCGAGUAUGUAAGGUUUGUUGCGCUUGACAUAGAUGGCAUCAUCACUCUCCUAAUCAGCUCUCUGGAAUCAGGAGACACAUCCAUUCAAGAGCAGGCUGCAAGAAUUAUCUCCCUUAUUGCAGGCCACGAUUCCUAUAGAGGAGUGCUUGUGAAAGCAGGGGUGGUUGCUCCACUUGUCCAGUUACUGGAUAGUGCAAGCACCGCCACUGUUUCAUCAAGGGAGAGAGCAGCUCAUGCAUUGAGGGAGCUGACGAGCAACUCCGACAACGUGUGGGCUGUAUGCGCACAAGGUGGCCUCACCGUGCUCCUGACCGUCUGCGCCAAUGCCAGCAGCAAAGGCAAGCUGGUAUGCUCGGCUUUCGCUGUGCUGAAGAACCUGAGCAGGGUGGAGGAGGUGAAGAUGUUCAUGGUGGAAGAAGGUGCAAUUCUGGAGCUGGUGAAGCUGUCCCGGCAAAAGGAGGAAGAACGCAAAGUUGGAUCAGUUGAGCUGCUCCAUCACAUGGCUUUGGCUGAUGCCAACGUCAGACAAGCAGCGAUCAGCAUGGGAGUGAUCCAAUCACUCACUCAGCUGAUAAACCCUGGUUUACCAUACUCAUGCAAAGCCAGGGAGGUUGCUUUCUCAGCCAUUUCUUUCUUCUGCUUCCCUUCUAAAACUCUGACAGAUGAUCUCGUCAACUCCAAUUUUCUUAGAUGGCUUUUUUCAUAUCUCAACAAUGGCGAUUAUGCUGUCCUGGAAUGCACCCUCAACAUCCUUGUACAGCUAACAAGGAUUUCUGAGGAAUAUAACAAGAUUGUGGGCAGGGCAGGUUUCAUGACUGUCCUGGCAAGCUUGCUUCUAUCCAAAUUCUACCAAAUCCGGGAGAUGGCAGCACAAGUGCUCUGCAACCUACUGUUGCUUCAAUCUAAUCGUGUCGUUUUCGUGCAAGAUGGCGACAAUCUGAAUCAGCUGCUGCAGUCGCUUCAUCUCGGUGAUGGUAAGACGAUGGCGAAGAACUUGACCAUUUCUUGUGUCAUGUCGUUGGUAGAGACGAGCGAUGGAAGGAAGAGGAUCACGUCUUCUGAACAUUUCGGCAACUUAAAAGGAUUGGCCAAUUCCGGUGAUAUUUCUGCCAAGAAGAUCAUGAAGAAACUAUCUGCUAGCAAGUUGCAAACCAUUAUUACAAGAAUCCGGAUCACACGAGUCCCAUCUCGCCUUCCUCUGCAUGAUAACCACUUGAUUUGAUGGCUUCUUCAGUCUUGAACCACAAAUUCGUUCAUUCAUCUUUCAUCUUUGGCCUGCGUGCUGUCCAUAGUUGGUCUUUCUUAUGAUAGUCUGAUUGUUCACUACUCAUCGCCACGAUUCCUUUGCACUAUCCAUAAAAUUCUUUGGUGCAUGUAAAUCUCACUUGUUAUUAUCAUUUAUCAAUCAAUCGUUUGCUCGU